GGGACAAUUGGGUUGGGGCAGAGGCCAGGAGGUUUUUGAUAGGUUUGGUGAGGAUUUCGGAGCUUUGCCAAGUACCUCCUCAGCGCAGCCCUCCCUCAACAUCUGGCAGAUAGAGAAGAGCCAGUUGUGAGGGACCAUAUUAGAGGAUGUUCUCCACAGACAAACACUGAAGUAGGGAAAAAGUCUUCGACUGCAAACAACCUGGAACGCUGCUUCUCCAACCAAAUACAUCCGAUCAGAUUUCAACAAUCCGUAGGAGAAGGUAGAACUUUAGACAACGUAUCUGAUUCCUUGGUAAAACCGCCACCUAAUCCUGAAGAUGUGUUCCACGAACCCAAGCAAUUGGGUCACUUUUGAUGAUGACUCUGCUUUUCAGUCUCAAAAGUCAAGGCAUUUCCCUCUGGAGAAUCAAGGUGUCUGCAGACCAAAUGGACUGAAGCUGAACCUUCCUGGCCUCAAAGAAUUCCCCAGUGGAUCAUCCUCGACCAGCAGCACCCCUCUUUCCUCUCCUAUUGUCGAUUUUUACUUCAGCCCAGGACCGCCAAGUAAUUCUCCUCUCUCUACACCUACCAAAGAUUUCCCAGGUUUUCCUGGCAUACCUAAAGUAGGGACUCAUGUGCUUUAUCCUAUUCCAGAAUCUUCUGCAAAUACACUAGUAGGAGCAGGUUUUUCCUUAUUGCCUGCUAAGCCAACCUGUUUAUCCCAGGCUUUCUUACCCAGUGACCUCUCUUGUACAGUUCCAGCUCCCAAAGUAGGUCUUCCAGGUGAACUUUGCCCUCAGCAGGCUGAAAACACAGGAGUUCAAAGUGAUGCUUCCCAGUUUCAAUAUUUUCAGGAGGACUGUGCAUUUUCAAGUCCAUUUUGGAAAGAAGAAGGCAGUGGUUCUCAGUUCACCUUUGACCCCUCAGGAAGCAGAAAGAUGUUUUCACCAAGAGACAAGGGGAUUCCAGUUGAUCAAAAAAGCCUAAAUAAAUGUUCACUCAACUACAUCUGUGAGAAGCUUGAACACCUCCAGUCAGCUGAGAACCAAGACCUUCUUGGCAGUGUGUCUAUGCAGUGUCCCUACGCUGAAGACUCUGCCUCUUCCUUUGUCCCCCACACGCUCUUCAGGAGUCAGCCCAAAGCUGGAUGGUCUUUCAUGCUGAGAAUUCCUGAGAAGAAAAACAUGAUGUCUUCCCGUCAGUGGGGACCAAUUUUUCUGAAAGUUUUACCUGGAGGAAUCUUGCAAAUGUAUUAUGAGAAGGGGUUAGAGAAACCAUUCAAAGAGUUACAGCUCAAUCCACAUUGCAGGCUUUCUGAACCCAAAGUUGAGAACUUUAGUGUGGCAGGAAAAAUCCAUACUGUGAAGAUUGAACAUGUGUCUUACACAGAAAAAAGGAAAUACCAUUCUAAGACGGAAGUAGUUCAUGAGCCAGAUACAGAACAGAUGCUGAAGUUGGGGUCCCUGGAGUACCGUGACUUCCUCGACUUUCUGAUUACUGUGGAGGAGGAGCUGAUGAAGCUACCAGCCUUUUCAAAACCAAAGAAGAACUAUGAGGAGCAAGAAAUUUCUCUGGAAAUUGUGGACAACUUUUGGGGUAAAGUCACAAAAGAAGAUGGGAAAUUGGUUGAAAGUGCUGUGAUAACUCAAAUCUGUUGCCUCUGCUUUGUGAAUGGGAACACGGAAUGCUUUUUAACCUUGAACGACCUUGAGCUACAAAAGAGAGAUGAAUGCUGUUUUGAAAAAGAUACAGAAAAAAAGUGGAUUGAUAUUCUUGACUGUCAUUUUCAUAAGUGUGUGAAAGAACAAGAAUUUGAGCAAACAAGAAUCAUUAAGUUUGUGCCUCUGGAUGCCUGCCGGUUUGAGCUGAUGCGGUUCAAGACUUUAUAUCAUGGGGAUGAUCUUCCAUUUUCUGUGAAGUCUGUGGUAGUAGUCCAGGGGGCAUAUGUGGAGCUUCAGGCCUUUGUCAACAUGGCCCCGUUGGUUCAGAGGCCAUCCCACGCCGGGUCCUUGAGGAGCUGCGACAAUGUAAUGAUACACUUUCCUGUCCCGUCUCAGUGGAUCAAGGCCCUUUGGACCAUGAAUCUCCAGAGGCAGAAGUCCCUAAAGGCCAAAAUGAACCGCCCAAUGUGCCUAGGGAAUUUACACGAACCCGAAUCUGAACCUGUCAUUCAGGUCACUGUAGGGUCAGCCAAAUAUGAGAGUGCCUACCAGGCUGUGGUGUGGAAGAUAGAGCGGCUUCCUGAUAAAAAUUCAAGUCCUGAUCAUCCCCACUGUUUGUCGUACAAACUAGAACUCGGAUCUGACCAAGAGAUUCCCUUGGACUGGUAUCCAUUCGCUACUGUUCAGUUCUCCAUGGCAGACACCUGUGCCUCCUGGGCGGCGGUCAGGUCUCUGGGGGUGGAGAGCGAUGUGCAGCCACAGAAACACAUCCAGCAGCGAGCUUGCUACAGCCUCCAGGUUGAAAUAGAAAAGAAAUGGAUUAAAACAGAUGGAGAAGACGCCGGUAAAGCUGGUGGCUGCGUCACACAGUAGGAGCAGCAAGAAGAGAUGCUGAUAGCUGCUUGUCAAAUCUGUAAUUCACAGAAACUACAGAAAGUUCAGAAUUCCGUGACUGUAUGAAAGAGUGGAAAUGUCUUCAGAGUAGUGGGCUGAGGACAGGUCCAAAGGCUGUGUUUAGAGAAGUUUAGACCUAAAACCAAACCAUCUAUGUUUUAUACUUCUGAUAUAUUUUUGCCGUUUGGGUUUGAUCUAAAACAAACCUGUAAUUUGUGUGAUGUUUUGCUUCCUAUUGAAACUCAAAGCAUUGUUAUCCAAUGUGUGCGUGACCUGGUAGCCAGCAUGGCUGAAGGGUUUUUGACUUUUUAUUACUCAGUGGCUGAUUGUUUUGUGCUUUGGAUUACCUGAACACCAUAACCCUCCGUCUCUACCUCUUCUUGCUAUACCAGAGGGAAAAGCACAAAGGGGACAUAAACUAAAGUACUUCAUUUCCUCUCUUCCUCCUUUCUGAAACAUGCUUAAGAGGAGAGUGAUAUUGAAACAAACUGCAGGCUAAAAUGCAGAUUUGGAAGUAUCUGUGGUUUUGAAUUAUUUCUAUUCCUAUCCUCUGGCCACAUUGAUAAAUAAUCUUUGGCUGUAUUUGGCAUCUGUCUUUCCCUUACUAGGUAAUCAUUUUUGAAGUGUCUUUAUAUUCUGGUGUGUGUGGCAAAAGAGCUAUUUCUGUUGCUAUACAUAUUUUAGUACAGGUCACUAAGACACUCUGCCCUUUGGCUGGUGGCAAUCCUUUCAAAAAUGGAGUAAGAGUGUUGGACACUAGUUAAAAUAUUUAUGUGGAUUAAAGAUGAAUUUUUAAAGCUCAUGAAUAUUGUUUUCUAAAAGUACACUCUAAGAAUAUAUUUUGAUAAAGUAUUAUUUGUAAUUAACACAAGCCUCUCUUGAGUAGAAGUUAAAUCAUAUUAUGAUUAUUUUAUGCUUGUGCUGCUAUCAUGCUGUUUUAUGCUAAUCCUGCUUAAUUUUAAGUGUUUUUCUUUAAGACAUGCCUAAAGUAAAAGACACUAGAUUAUUUUACCUAGAUUUCUAAGAGGAAACAUUUCUAUUCCUCAAAGCAGGAAAUGACUAUAGUAGUUUAGUUUCUCUUGAAAAACCAAUGGCACUAGCAGUUAUAAUUCUGCUUAUAAUUUCCUUUUAAUAUUUACAGUGACAGGUCAGAAUUUAAAGAUGUAUGAAAUCAAUAUUCGUAGUAUUUUACAAAACAAACUAUAUUCUAAGUAUUUUGAAAAACAAACUCCUCCAGGAGAUAGUAACACACCUUCAAUUUAUGUUGAGUCUUGAAUAUGAUUGGGAGGCAUUUUUCUCUAUUUACUAGAUUUGUUUUCAGUCAAAACUGAUAUAAUGUUCUUCCAAAUAACAUUUAUUUGUUGGCCUACAGAGUUUAUUUCCUAUGUUUUAUUUAAUAUUGUAUUGCAUUCAUUUUCAUCUGUUCAAGUAACUUAUGAUGGUGUGUAUCAAUCAACAGAUUUUAUUGCCCUUUUUUUACUACAAAGGCACAUAUUGCAAAAAUCAUGGUAAAAAUGAAUUGAUAUUGCUCUUUUUAGCUUCACUUGAGGUAUUGUUCAUAGUAUCACAUGCUGAAGACUCACUAUGUAUAGGAGGGCAAAUCUGCACAUGCGCGUGCCUGUGUGUGUGUGUGUGUGUGUGUGUGUGUGUGUGUGUUUAAAAACCCCGCCAUUUUUCCUCAUCAUCUAGCAAGGGCACACUCUGGCAUGGCUUCUGUCGUCUCAGGAAGAUAGAGAUGGACCAGAUCUGAUGCUGCAUAGUGAUCCCAGGGAAGUUAGCUGGUUAAUUGCUGCCAUUCUAAGUGUGCUGUCUGGGAUCCUGCCCAUAAAGAACUCAUUUAAAAAAUAUUUACACCUCCAAAUAAAUUCAGCACGUGUUCUGUUCGUGCUUCGCAGGCUGACUAGUGUCUGUGGCACUUCACUUCUGAGGUUAGUUACAAGCCACCCAGCUUUCAGGAGCAUCUUGAAAGUCAGUGUUGGAAAUAGAGUAACAAAAGACUGACUAAAGCCCAAAUUGAGAUUCAGCCACAAUGCAAAGGUUGAUAGCAUUAACAGCAGGGUGCUACAGCAUAAUUGUUAAUUUGCCCAUCUAUUAGGACCUUAAAUAUUCAUUACUUAGUGUUAAAUUAACAUUCUGUGUGGAAAUGAGAAGCUUUUGAAUGCAAUUUUUCUGACCUUAGAAAUGGCAGGCAAUCAAGUGUGAAUAUAGUGUCAGGUGAAAAAUCUGGUAGGGUCCAUUUAGAUUUACAGAUUAAGAAGUAGAAUCUCCUUAGCCAGAAAGUAGAUAGUGACCUUCAGAAAACCUCUGCUUUUAAGGGAGGAGAGAGGGAGUAAAACCACUCAUUUUCUAGCAUUUUAAUGUGGGCUGCUUUAUGAAAUGGACUGUUUUGGAGUCAUUUGCUUGAUGGUCACCAUGGCAGACUUCCAAGGAGAUGAUGGUUUGUGACAAGUCCCUCUGCUCUAAUGGUCUGAUCUGGUCACCUUACCACAGUCUUAUUAAUUGUGUGAAUGCAUUCAUAGCUCCAUCAUUACAUAAUCAAUUGUGCAGGUCUGAAUUUAAGAACAUUCUUUAUUCUCUGGGAGUCAUGAUAGUUUAUCUAUUAAGAAAGGUAUGAAAAAAGGGUAUUUUUCCACUGAAUAAAGCCUGGAAUUUUUGACUUUGUGUAUUUAUUAGACAGCUUUAGGACUUUAGUUGCCUUCAUUCUGGAGCUGUGCUUUUUCUUUUAAAUUCAGUUAGAAGGCCUACCUUAAUAUGACUAUUAUAAUGUUUUACUCAAAAUAUGACUGUGUCCUAUCAGUAUGAAUAUAAAACAGAUUGAGCCUUACUAAUCAUGUAACAAAGUAUUCUGUAGAUUGACUAUUGAUUUUUCUAAAAUUAAAGAUGUAUUUCAACUAA